AAAUAACCAUUAAAAAGAAAAGUGCUAAUUUCAGGGUCGAUUCGUUCAAAAUCAAAAAGCCAAUCGCAUAAAAAUAGUAAGUUACUAAUCUGUUCCCUAAAAUAAAAACAUUGAAAUCCCUGCCAUGAGUACGUUACCGUUUAAAUCCCGCUUCAAUUGGACCGUCAUCGACGGAGAUCCUUCCCGCCAAAUAACGCACAACAUCCUUUCGAAUGAGCCCUCCGAACCCGUCUCUCAGGAUCGCCUGCUCAAUCCGGACGGCUGCGUAGUCCUGGCCACUCCGGACGAUUCCGUCAAGCCCGUGUUCUGCGAGCAAACCGUUUCCGUAAGUCCGGUUUACCAAGUGACGCGACUCGCGCUCAUCGCCGAAUGUGCCAAGCUGGAGUUGCACGUGGGACGCACCCAAGAGUACUACCAAACCUACCAGGGCGAGCUCAUCUUCCAGACCGAUGACUCGCAGCUGUACCGAUUCGAUGUCGAGUUUGAAAACGCCGGAAUCGCCGAAUUCAUGCUUCGGUUCAUAACACCCCCCGGGGAACCGCUCUGCCUGUACGGAAUGCACCUGCUCCUCGAACGCAACACCAACCCGCUGGGACUGCUGGCCAGCGACAGCACCCUGAACCGGGCCAUGCUCGACUGCCAGCUCGACGACCGGAAGUUGUCCGAAACGGCGGCCCGCUGCAAGGCCUUCAUCGUGGCCUCGAUGCGCAAUCGAAUGUUUGGCAGCCAGAACGUUGCCAACAACAAUCCGGACGAGGAGAGCGGCGCGUCCACCGGCACGGCGAGUGACACCAGCAGCAUUGGAGCGAUGGGAGGUGGUUCCGAAACGAUGGCCAUUGGUCGGUACAUCGACGAAAAGUUUCGACAGUUGGAGACGAGUCUCGAGGCGAAGCUGCAAGCGAUCGAAACGCGACAGAGCGAAAAACUGGAUCGCAUCUUGGCGCUGCUGCAGGCUGACAAGAGUAAUUGUGAUAAUUAAAUUUUAGAUUGUAAAACUAAAUAAGUAAAUAAAUGUUCCUUCCUGUCUCAUCAUA